AUGGGUAGGGAGGACAAGGCUACCUGGAAGACUAACUACUUCACCAAAAUCAUCCAACUCUUAGACGAGUACCCAAAAUGUUUCAUCGUGGGUGCAGACAACGUAGGCUCGACCCAAAUGCAGCAGAUCCGUAUCUCGCUGCGUGGUCACAGCAUCGUCCUUAUGGGCAAGAACACCAUGAUGCGCAAAGCCAUCAAGGACCACUUGGACACCAACCCAGCUCUUGAGAAACUGUUGCCACACAUCAAGGGCAAUGUUGGCUUCGUGUUCACCCGCGGAGACCUCGUUGACGUCCGUGAUAAGCUGCUGGAGAACAAAGUGCGUGCCCCUGCCCGUCCUGGUGCCAUCGCCCCUCUGUCCGUCGUCAUCCCUGCCCACAACACCGGUCUGGGUCCUGAGAAGACCUCUUUCUUCCAGGCUCUCUCCAUUCCCACCAAGAUUUCCAAGGGUACCAUUGAAAUCAUCAACGAUGUGCACAUCCUGAAGCCUGGUGACAAGGUCGGUGCUUCCGAAGCCACCCUUCUCAACAUGUUGAACAUCUCUCCCUUCUCGUAUGGUCUUGUUGUCAAGCAGGUCUACGAUUCCGGCACCAUCUUUGCGCCAGCUAUCCUGGACAUCAAGCCUGAGGAUCUUCGCGAGAAGUUCAUGGCUGGUGUUGCUAAUGUAGCUGCGCUGUCUUUGGCCAUUGGUUACCCAACUGUGGCCUCUGCUCCUCACUCCAUUGUCAACGGAUUCAAGAACUUGCUGGCUAUCGCUGCCGUCACCGAGGUUGAAUUCAAGGAGGCUCAGACCAUCAAGGAGUUCAUCAAGGACCCCAGCAAGUUCGCUGCCGCCGCCGCCCCCGCCGCUGCAGCUGCCGCCCCGGCCGCUGCUGCUGUUGAGGAGAAGAAGGAGGAGAAGGAAGAAUCGGAGAGCGACGACGACAUGGGCUUCGGUCUCUUUGACUAA